AUGGUGUCUACGCGCUCGCAUCCGCAAGGCGACUUCCCUGCCACGGAACCAUCACCCGUCAAGAAGACGCCAAGAUCACGAACUUCGACCGCGUCCCCGGCGCCCACCUCCCCAGACCUCAACACCUCACCCCCACCAAAGUCGCUUGCGAGGCGCGCAAUCUCCAAUGCCAAAGCCGAAAUCAGCCCUCCCUCUCCAUCCGAAAUCGAUGAGCCGACGUGGUGCCACACCGCAUCCAAUCUUACGAUAGUUUGGCUUGCCAUCUCGAUCCCGCUUGUGCUAUGGGACACGCUAUAUGUUCUUCUGCGCCCACAUACUAUGGCUGGUGGCGCGCUUCAGUGGCCCAUCUGGAAGCCGUAUGAGAUUUACGCUUCGAUCGAUCACGUAUACGGAUGGCCCGGAUGGGAAAACCAUGAUGGGUUUGGCGGCGCGCAAGCCAUGCUGAACGCUGUGGAGCUUGUGCUAUACGGCCUCUACGCUAUGAUCAUAUACAACCACAGUGUCCCUACAUCUGGAGGUACUGGCCUGCAGCUCAGCGAGGGCGUGGGCAAGUUCCUCUCUGGCGGCAGGAAGGUACGCGGCAAGACUGGCAACCGCGCGCUCAUCAUCGGGUUUGCUGCAGCAGUCAUGACAGUCAGCAAGACAGUACUCUACUACUUUAACGAGUAUUUCUCUGGCUUCGCAAACGUUCGCCAUAACGACUGGGCAACACUUUUGGUCUUCUACCUUGUCAUGAAAAAAGCUAACUUCUUCCGCAGUGGUCUCUGGGUCAUCUUCCCCGCAUACAUGACUGUCGUCUUCGGUACCGAUAUCCUACAGGCACUCGACAUCGCAGCCGAUUCGUCAUCUAAGAAGCGCUAUUAG